UUUGUAGGGAGUAAGGAUGCCGUUUUAAACCCAGCCGCCGGCGUCGUUCCAUUCAAAAUGGCGUCUGUGGUUGCGCGUGCGGUGGACCGAAGCUCACCUCGGCUUCGAUGUAGCGCCGGCUAGUACCGACUAUCAGCGAUGGUUUCGGGUCACACCGAAUAUUUCCGUUUUCGCGAUAUGGACCAGAUAAUUAGUGAACGGUUUCAUUGAAAGGUUUCCGUAUGUGUGUGUAUAUGGAUAUAAAAUGAUAUCCCGGUGUGGAAAUAGAGAAAUAAACCGGUUUAAUCCUCGCAGUCGGAGAGAGGCGAAGCUAAUGUUUUAUAUUUGCACUUCCGGGUUCGGACCGUGAUGGAGAUGGACCGAGAGGACGGUACCGAGUUCGUCCUGUCUUUCGCCGUGGAUGUCAAUGAAAACCGAGCUGAAGGAUGUAAAACACACACACACCAACCUUUGGACCAGACUGGGUGUGUUCACAGGAACAGUGUGUUUAUUGCAGGUCCAAAAUAUACUGUGAACUCUGGAGAAAACCGGGUCACUUCUGAGGAGAUAAAUGGGUUUCCAGAACCUGAUGGUGUGAUUGAACUGAAUCUGGAACCAAAGGAUGGAGACUUGAAACCAGACACAUCUGGACACAUCGGGACCCCAGAUGGAGAAACGGGAUGUUUUGGAGAAAUCAAUCCCGACUUGAAUCCAAACAGAACUCUUGAUUGUUCCGGUGCUCACCUGACGGCGUCGGGACUCAUAAACUCAGUAAAUGGAGAAGUGGAUUUUUGUGGAUUCCAUGCCAGCCCAGUCGUAAGUGAAGGAACAGCAGGUGUUGGGGGAAACAUUGGCAGUCUGAUCACAUCUGGAGAAACAUCAGAUACUAGAGGAACCCGCUCCAGCUGGUUUAUAUCUGGUGAAACAGUGAGCGGUCAUGGAAGCGACGGUCGUCCGACUGCAUCUGGACACGUAAACACAUCAGAUGUUUGGGAAUUCCAUGCCAGUACACUUGUGAUUGGAGAAUCCAGUGGCAAUCAGACCACAUCUGAAGAAACAUCAGGUGCUAGAGGAACCAACAUAAGCUGGGCUGUAACUGGAGAAGCAGCUAGCGUUGCUGAAACUAACGGCAAUCCGACUGCGUCUAGAACCACGUACACGUCGGAUGGAGGAGAUGAAGAUAUUUGGGAAUUUCAUGGUAAUCAGGCAACAUCUGGAGAAAUAAUGGCAACCCGAUGGACCCGUGUCAGCCCAGAUGCUUUAGUAGAAACAUCAGGCACCAGGGGAUCCAAUGCUGUAGCUCGAACAACAGUAAGUAUUAGAGGAACCGAUGCUAUUCCUACCACAUCUGGACCUUGUGCCAACAUGAGUACAUGUGAAGAAACGAUCAACAACUCGAGAACCUGUAUUCGCCUGAUUGUAGCUGGAGAAAUGAUGGAUAUUGGAGGAACCACUGGCGAUUUGACAGCGUCUGGGGAAAGAGAUGGUACCAGGUGUACCCAGGUCAGCUCGGUUGUUGAAGAAGAAACCUCACAGACUCGGGAAACCAACGCUAGCCCAAGGGUAGCUAAUGAAAUGGUGGAUAUUGGAGGAACCAGUGCUAGUUUGUCCACAUGUAGAGAAACAGCAGGUACAAGGAGAACCAGUGCCGGCCCAAUUGUUACAGCAGAAGACAUGUUAGGAACCUGUGAAAACAACACCAGUUUGAGUGUAGCUGGAGAAACCGUGAGUAUUGGAGGAAAUCAUGCCAAUCUAACCACAUCUGGAGAAACAGCAGAUACCAAGAGAACCCAUCCUGGCCCAUUUGUAGCUGGAAUUGUUGGCAGCCUGAUCCCAUUAGAUGUCACAACAGCAGCUACUGUAACUGGAGAACCCGUGAGCAUGAGGGAAACUGGUGUGAGCCAAGUAGCAGCUGGACCCAUCGACACAGUGCCACUUGUGGAUGGAGUGUUACCUCAGGAUCAGGUUUCUGGGAAUUCCCAGCUGGGAAAUGAUGCGACGAAAACCAAGUUUGCCAUCUGGGAAAAUCCAUACUGUCAAGCAAGUCCAAGGGUGUGUGUCGGGAAGCGUCCGAGUGCCUGCUGUACGGAAUUGGAGAUGAAAAUACCCAACGGAGACGUGAACUCUGGAGAAUUACAGAUGGACAAAAUUGAGUGUGAAGGAACGUUUACAAACGAAGCUCUCGACAAAGGUGUCAGGGUGGGAAAUUGCGGAUAUUUAGUUAUAAACCGGAGAACCAUGUCGGGAACCUCCUCCAUCCCCAUUUAUUCCCUCAGGGAACCUUGGAACGCCGCAGAGCGGAAACAGGAAGUGAGGAGAAUCUCAGAUCUUGGACCAGAAACCAACCCAAAGCUUUCUAUAGCUAACGUUAAUGAAGACGCGAGCAACCAUGAGAUCGAAACUCGACCAGAGUACGAUGUGGACUUUCGCGACGGUGUCGCUGUGACGAGACCGCGGACUCUGAGGACUAAUCCCGGGCAGGCGGUGUCACUCAGCUGUGACUCCACCCCCCUGAACGACGAUAACGCCGGUUAUUUCGUAGACGAUGGAGACAUGGACGUUAUUAUGAACAGCUUGGAGGUCGGCCGUCGACAGAGUGCUCCUGAUAAACUUCAGGAGGGCGUCGAUCCUGAACCAUCAGCCGAGCGGACGGCGAACAAGAGGCACAGUUUCGCCGAUUUCCUAACGAGAAGUCUGUUCUCCUGGAAGCCCAGAGAGACGAAGGCCACGGCACCUGCUUCAGGAUGGAGAUUAUUCGGGAAAAUUUCUCCCAAGGAAAACGACACAAAAGACUCCAGAAUCCCACAGCAGCCUGAGCGAGCAAGACGUAAGAAUCUGGAGUUUGAGCCUCUGUCCACCUCGGGUCUCAUUCUGGAGGACAGACCCGCGAACCUGCCCGCGAAAUCCGAGGAAGAAGCUCAGAGACACAGACAGCAGUACAGCGAGAUGAUGGCAGGAGCGAAGAGGAGGGAGCUGAAGGAGGCUCAGCGUAAGAAGAAGCAGAUGAAGGAGAGACACCGGCAGGAGGAGAGCAUCGCUCGUGCUCUGGUCGUCUGGAACACAGAGAUCCUGCCCAACUGGGAGAACAUGAGGAACACGCGGCGUGUGCGGGAGCUGUGGUGGCAGGGUCUCCCACCGAGCAUCCGCGGAAAAAUCUGGAGCCUCGCCAUCGGAAACGAGCUCAACAUCACGCCCGAACUGUACGAAAUCUUCCUGUCUCGCGCUAAAGAGAAGUGGCGCAGUUUCGACGAGACGGGAUCGCUCAGUGAGAGCGAAGACUGUGGGGUCGAUAAGGAGUCGAGUCUGGACCUGAUUAAGCUGGACAUUUUCAGGACUUUCCCUUCGCUCUAUAUAUUCCAGAAGGGUGGACCGUAUCAUGAUGUUUUGCACAAUGUCCUGGGGGCUUACACGUGCUACAGACCUGAUGUAGGAUAUGUGCAGGGAAUGUCCUUCAUAGCUGCUGUUCUUAUUCUGAACCAUGAGGAAGCUGACGCCUUUAUUGCCUUUGCUAACCUCCUCAACAAACCAUGUCAAAUAGCCUUCUUCAGGGUGGACCACGACCUGAUGCUGAAGUAUUUUGCUGCGUUUGAGGUUUUCUUCGAGGAGAAUCUACCUAAAUUAUUCCAGCACUUUCAGAGCAACAGUCUGACUCCAGACUUUUACCUCAUAGACUGGAUCUUCACGCUGUACAGUAAGCCGUUGCCGCUGGACGUGGCGUGUCGCGUGUGGGAUUUGUUUUGCCGUGACGGCGAGGAAGCUCUGUUCCGCACGGCGUUGGGAAUCCUGCGCCUUUAUCAGGACGUCCUGCUGCAGAUGGACUUCAUCCACAGCGCCCAGUUCCUGUCUCGCCUCCCGCAGAACACCCCGGCACACACACUCUUCACCUGCAUCGCGAACACACACAUGCUCAGCAACAAUCGCCGCUGGAAUCAGGUGUUUUCAGCUCUGAUGAAAGACGGCCCUAAAGAGGCUGAUAAAACAGGAAGUCCUGCCUUAAGGAGUUAACGGCCCACGUCCUGUGAAGCGUGAGAUAUUCGGAAUGUUGAAAGGGAUCGUCAAGUACAGUGUUAACGUGUCGGACUGCAGCGACUCGUGGAAGAUUUCGGGAAGAAAGAUUUCUGCAGCGGAUUCGGCUCACGCAGAGAAGACGUGUGGUGUGUGUGUGUGUGUGUGUGUGUGUGUGUGUGUGUGUGUGUGUGUGUGUGUGUGUGUGUGAAGUUAUCAUGCCAUGUGCCAAAUGUUUGUGACUGUAAAGCAAAUACACACACACAAGCCUAAUACACACUAACACAAGUGUACGGCCGUGCGAUUACGAUGAACAGUCCCUGAGUCGUCGAGGGCGGAGCUUACUGUAAUCGUAAAUUCAGUCAAACUAUUACUAAUCUGAUUGUAUGAUCUCAACUCUACAUGCUGUUUUUUUUAUUUAUUUAUUUUAUUUUAAAGACUAAAUACUUGUAAAUAGACAGUAUAGUAGCUCAGCGAAUUUACCCGCGCUAGCUAGUUUCCUACACGCAAUACCCAGUGAGCCUGGCUGACGUUAAGAAUACCUCAGUGGCUAGCAGUAGCUAUCCGAGUAAGUUUGGGUGCAAGCUAGCUAACGUUAAGUAGCUGCUGUUGUGAUGUGAUGUGAUGUGAUGUGAUGUCAUCAAGUUAACUUAAGCUCCGCCCUCCUUGACGCAGGAACUCUUGUUAAAUGGCAAGAACAUCACGUUACGCUAGACACGCACUGAAGACAAGCGACAAAAACGACACUUUACUCCGACACGAGGUUUCCGGAUUCUAACACGUGAACGAAGGUGCGCGGUUUCGCCAAAAAACAAACGGCCCAUUUUAAAACCUUUUUUAUUUAUAUAUAUAUAUAUAUAUAUAUAAAGAACACCAAGCGACUGGGUUUAAAAACAAAAUACGUAAAAUAAAUAAAUAAAUAAAUAAAUUUCACAGCCGUGAGCAAUGACCAAGCAUACGUACGUAAACAUGUUUAUCGUUAACGUUGGUUUUGUUUUUUUGUUUUAUUUUUCACUACCGCGAUUUAUUUAUUUAUUUAUUUUUUUGGUCCAACUUUCCUGAAGUGAAUUUCAUCCAGUUUUUAAAAAUGAGACUCUUUAAUUAACGGAAGAAAAAUGAGACGAUGGAUCGAGGAGUAACCGAAUUACAGCUAACAGCUACGAAUCAGCUACUUGUUUCCAAACACUACACACACACACACACACACACACACACACACACACACACUCACACUCGAGCGCUUGCUCUAAAUGCAGUAGUGCUGAUCGUGGCCUUUAAACUCGGAGCUGAUCUGUGAGGCCGAUACACACAAGUGCAAUUCCUACACACACACACACACACACACACACACACAGACACACAGCCAGCAGCCUAAGAGCUGAUACACACUAGUGCCAAACCUUAUAUGACUAACACGCACACACACACACUCUGUCCUUUUUGAAACUCUUGUAUGUGCUUUUUAAAUCCUUUUUUAUUGUUUUUUGGGCUGUUGUUGUUGUUGUUGUUGUUUUUUCAGAAGUCCAGAGAGACCAUGUUUAAAACGAUUUCUGUUCCUUUACACUUCUGAGCUCUGUUCUGAAAACUGACCCUUAAAGGUGCGGUUCACCCAAAAACUAAAAUUCUGUCAUCUGUUACUCCGCCUCGUAUCGUUCCAAAACCCUCAGACCUCCCUCGGUGUUCGGAACACGAACUGAGACGUUUUUAACGAAAGCCGGGAGAUUUCCAUCCCUCCUAGAACCUUUAUUUUCCUAAGUUAAGACCCCUUAGUUAUCCAGUGAACCCUUAAAAAUCACUGGAGAACCCUUUGUUCUAAGAGAGUAGGUAUUCACUGGGUAUGUGUGCGAUACAAAACCAAAUUAUUGCUCAUUAUUUUUUCUUCUUUUAAUAUCUAGAACCUUAACAAAGAAGUUCUUGGUACUUAGUACACUCUUAGAACAAGGGUUCUUCAGUGGUUGGAUACGUAAGCUUGGAAGAACCUUCUCUGAUUAGAAAAUAUAACAUAAAAAUAUAUAUAAAAAAACCCAUAAGCUUCUGUAUUUCUAUAUUGAAAGGUUCUUCGAGGGUUCCUGGCCUUCAAAAACGUUUCUGCUGGUAGUCACUGUGCUGUUGGGUUCUAUGGAGGUUCCAAGUAGAGCCCUUUAGAUUGGUAAGAAACCGUUUCUGAGGUCUUUCUAAUAAGUACUACGAGUUCUUAAAAGGGUUCUACUUGGAACUUUCUCUGAUAGCGAAUCGGUUCUCGGGUUCCGUGUUGUUUAUUGGCUCAUUGGAUGAUGAGGAGGUCUUGACUUCUUGUAAGGGUUCUACUUUCUGAUCAGUUCUCAGUUGUAGGAUGGAUUUAACGUUCUUUUAGGUUUCUUAGCUCUCUACAACGGUUCUGCUCGGAACCUUCUCCUAUAAGGACGUUAAGGGACUCUCCUGUUGGCUAACCGAGGGUUGUACUUGAAACCCUUUCUGAUAAACCCUAAGUUGUAGGGCGCUUUGUGAGACAUGAUGGUUGUUAAGGGCUCUCUAUGGAGCCUUCAGGGUUCUGUGUUAUUUAAGGGCUCAUUUGCUAACCGAGUUCUAAAUAACUGUUCUGCUUUCUGAGAAACUCUCGUUUGUAGGGUUCUGCAGUAUUUAAGGUUUCUUGUUGUAUGUUAAUUCUCUUGGCUUUCUAAAGGGGUUCAACCCAGAACUUUUCCUAAUUGGGAAACUGGUAUAGAGGUCUAUAUUAUUUACAAAGAACCCUUUUCCGAUAGACAAACACUCUGUUAUAGGGUUCUGAAUGUUUUGAAUAAACAAAACAAACCAGCGUAGCUAUAGACCUCGUCUUGCGAGCCAGACUUCCCGACCAUGUUUAAUAAAUAAACGUGUCUAAGCCCUGCCCACUUUCAGAGAAGGAAGCCGUUUGAUUGACACGGCAGGCAACCAAGCGCAGCCUUUUCCUCAACCCUGUGAGAUUUUGUUUGUUUGUUUGUUUGUUUGUUUGUUUGUUUAUUCACCGCUAACUGCCUUUAAAAACUGUUCUCCAUGAACUUUUUUUUGGUUCUUCCUCCGAAGUGUCGGAAAGCUGUGCACAGAGAACCAAUCAGAACGUAAAUCUUGACCAUCCUGAAUCUUGUGGCCAGAAAAGGGUACGAAAGAGAAAUCAGAUGCUCGCUGUAUCCUGUGGGCGGAGCCUCAGACGCUGACACUUUAACGUGGGUAGUUUAGUUAAGGGCUUUUCAGCUAAUGUUUUAUGGAUAUCAAGCUAGCUUUGACGAUUUACUUUGAGUCAGCGUUCCAGUUCCACUUCCCGAUCUUCUUCAUGAUUAAACCAUGGUGCUGAUCUGAGAUGCGAUGGCGUUGAGGACGAUGAUGAUGCGAUGACGUAAUCACCUGGUCCAUAUCAGCCAAUGGUGGACGGACUUGAGAAAACACGAAUAAUAAUAAUAAUAAUGUGUGGUCUCUCUGGACUUUCAUAUCACUGAGUUUUUGUUAACGUGUGAGAAGCAUGGUGAUGCGAAAGUUUUCGCUCCCUUCCAUCAUGAACGUUCUAGCAGGAAGAACGGAGUGAGCUGCUGCUCGCUGGAGCUCCAGAGCUGUAAACACGUCCAGACUUCCUGUUUCAGAGUUAUUUUAUAUAGUUUUUUAAGCAUUAAGAGCGACUUUGAAGGCUGGAUCGAUGUUUUAUAUGAAAUCGUUUGACCAAAUAAUUUUCUUAAACUACCGCCUCGUGACGUCGUGGAGUCACGUAACGCGUCAGACAGUUCACGCGGAGCCGCUUUAACGCAUCAUCACCAUCACCUCGCGUACGGUCGGAAACAAGAAGGCGAUUCUUUUGAUCCAGAGCGUCGGUGUUUAAAGAAGUACGGCGUAUCGAGUACUAACUUGCUUUUAAUUUCCUUUUGAAAUUCAAACUCAUUAUUGUACAGGUUUGGGUUUGUUUUUUGGGGUUUUUUUUACAUGCUGUCAGUGUUGUAUAUAAACUGUGAAAUGAUUUCUCUAGAUUAGAAAUGUAAAUAUAAAUUAAUUACAUUCCCAAUA